UUGGCGGAGCAGGGGAAGGGGUCGCCGCGGCUCCCGCUCUUCGAGUUGGCGGCUCCCUCGGGCGCUGCUAGGCGGACGUCGGGUCCGCAGGGCGGGUGGCCGCGGUCGCCCGGCGGCACGCUCAGCUGCGGUCAGGGGCGACAUGAGUGCCGCGGGGCUGUUGGCUCCGGCCCCAGCCCCGGCCGGAGCGCCGCCGGCCGCGGAGUACUACCCUGAGGAGGACGAGGAGCUGGAGAGCGCCGAGGAGGACGAGCGCAGCUGCCGGGGCCGCGAGUCCGACGAAGACACUGAGGAUGCUAGUGAAACUGACCUGGCAAAGCAUGACGAGGAAGACUAUGUAGAAAUGAAGGAACAGAUGUAUCAGGAUAAACUGGCUUCUCUCAAGAGACAGUUGCAGCAACUUCAGGAAGGUACAUUACAGGAAUAUCAGAAAAGGAUGAAAAAACUAGAUCAACAAUACAGAGAGAGAAUACGAAAUGCAGAACUCUUCCUGCAGCUGGAAACUGAACAAGUGGAAAGAAAUUACAUUAAAGAAAAGAAGGCAGCAGUGAAAGAAUUUGAAGACAAGAAGGUUGAGCUGAAAGAGAACCUGAUUGCUGAGCUAGAAGAAAAGAAGAAAAUGAUUGAAAAUGAAAAGCUCACAAUGGAACUGACUGGAGAUUCUAUGGAAGUGAAACCCAUCAUGACCAGAAAGUUGCGGAGGCGACCAAAUGAUCCCGUCCCCAUCCCAGACAAGAGGAGAAAACCUGCUCCUGCCCAGCUAAACUAUUUGUUAACAGACGAACAGAUCAUGGAGGAUCUGAGAACGUUAAAUAAGCUUAAGUCGCCCAAGAGACCAGCAUCCCCGUCCUCCCCUGAACACUUGCCUGCCACACCUGCGGAGUCUCCAGCCCAGAGAUUUGAAGCUCGGAUAGAAGAUGGCAAACUGUACUAUGAUAAAAGAUGGUACCACAAGAGCCAAGCCAUCUAUCUGGAGUCAAAGGACAACCAGAAACUGAGCUGUGUCAUCAGCUCUGUGGGGGCCAAUGAGAUCUGGGUGAGGAAGACAAGUGACAGCACCAAGAUGAGGAUUUACUUGGGCCAGCUUCAGCGCGGGCUCUUUGUCAUCCGCCGGAGGAAAGGAUUGUAUUGAUGACCAUUGGGGGUGCAGCAUCGAAGCAGCAGCAAGUUGCCUUUUUUCCUCGCCUUGUCUGGUGGCAUCUCUGUGCUUUUGUGAAAUCACCAUUUGAAGACCAGGGUGUGGGUGCUUUGCCCUUUGCUCUUCUGUAAAUUUGAGUGUUUCGGGCCAUGCUUCACGCGAUCGCAGCCCCAUCACUGCCUUCUGCUCCUCAAUAUCCUCCCAACCCUUAAUCCUGAUCUAGUGAGGAUGGGGGGAAAUGUGAAGUAGACUUGAGACACAGCACAGUAAAUUAUAUUCCCAGUCUCGGAAGAUUUAAUAUGUUAGUCCCCCUAGGGAUGAAAAGUCCACAGCCCCUGUGCUGCCCAGCCCCUGUGCUGCCCAGGGGUGGAAGAGCUCCCUUGUUAGGAGGUGGAGGUACUUUUGUGGUGGGCAGAAGCGAACUAGAGGGGAAAAACAGACUUUGAAAUUCCUAGAAUAAGAAGGGGCUUGCUUUUAGCCCAGGUGGCCACACUUAUUCCAAAAGGUCUUUGUCUCUCACUAGACCCCGGUGAACCAGAUGAAUUCCCAAAUUCAGACUAUUUCCUACAAGCGAUACUUGGAAAAAAGUUGGUCUGAACAAUUCUGAUGAAAAACCUGUAUGUGUGUUACUCUGAUUAAGAACCUUUACAUUUGUUGUUCUAAUCAGGAACUUCUCCGUGUGUUUUGUUUGAGGCGUCUGCCUCAGUAUUAUACACAGUGUUUGCUAUGGAUAUGUCCCCAUAUUUAUUUUACCUCUGCUUGGGGGUUUUUAUGUGCCCUCCACCCAGACUCCCUCUCUCCUAAGCCAGUGUCCUCUUGGACAAUUUCCAGAUUUCUGUAGCCAUACCAAAGCCAGGAUGUUUUCAUUCAUUUGCAUACCAGUAUUUAUGGAUGUCUAACUACCUAACUUAAUUUUUUAAAAAAAUACUUGUAAGUGGGGCCAGUGUAAGAUCCCAGAGGCUGAUCUGCAAAUCAAGCGGCUUACAAUGUGUGCAAGACCCUGUGUUCAGGAUUUGGUGACUUUUCUAAGAGAAAUAUUGGGGGUGGGGUGGGAUUGGUUGCAUUUUUUUACCUAACUCGAGGGGGAAAAUCCUAUUUUUUACAAUAUUUUUGGUUUUGUUUUUCUAUUAACAUUUCCUUUUAGCCUUGAAUCUUUGCUAAAUUUCCUCCUGACUUAAAAAUCUUGUUUCUAAUCUGGGAAUUUGAAAUCUUGGUAUUAAUGUUAUACCAAUUUUUCCAAAGAGUUCAAACCACUUUAAUACCAGAACAUGGUAAAAAAAUUUGCAGCCAUUUCAAGCAUCUGGUGGGCUUUUUAUAUGACAUCAUUAAUCUGGUACCGAUAAAUGUUCUGAGAGGUGAAUGUAAGAUGUAAAAAGUAUAGGUUUUGUUUUUAAUAACAAUAAACUUUCAAAGAGAAAACCA